AUGAGGGGAACGCGACUGAUGCCAAUGGAGGACCUGAUGAAUGUCACUAUUGAUGAUCUAAAAAAUGACGAAUUGAACGAAAUAUUAGCCGACUUUAUGAAGAAAGAGCACACGUUUGACCAUGGUACAGAAACACUGCUCAAGGUGCUAUAUACGCUGCUGAUUGUGUCCGGAAUACUCGCUAAUAUAGUCAUAAUUGGUGUGAUUAUAGUUAAUAAACGUCUCUUCACGUCAAACAAUAUACUGUUAAUCAAUCUGUUUGUGUCGGAUAUACUGUUGUGCAUAUUCUGUAUGCCAUUUACGCUGAUUGCCAUUACACGCAGGAGUUGGCCAUUUGGUGCCGCUAUAUGUAAACUCGUGCCAUUCAUUCAGGCGGUGACCACUUUUGUGUCGGCCGUCACCAUAUCGUCCAUUGCCAUCGACCGUAUGUUUCAGAUUACGGCCAAUCAGUAUUCAGUGAGAGGUUUGGUGACCCAGUCGUCGCCCAAACUGAUGAAAUACGGCUUCUAUACGCUCAUCAUUUGGAUCAUAUCAAUGCUAUUGUCGGCUCCCAUAUGUGUCUACCAGAGUGUGGUUGGCUUUGGCAUCAAAGAGCUGAUCCUAUACGACAAGUGUGUGGAGAACUGGCCCAACAAUAAUCGUGGCAUCUAUUCCUUCGUCAUACUAAUCACCCAACUAUUGAUCCCGAGUUGCGUAAUGUUGGUCUCCCACUACCGGAUCCGAUCCCAUCUCAAUAGCAAUCGUAUCAUCCGGUGGUCUAACUAUCACUUCAGACAACAUUCCAGCAGUUCUUCUAUACAUUCCAUCAAUAAUAAUAAUAACGACGAGAAUAUCAGACAUUUGAUAUUUUAA